AUGUUACGGAUGAGUGACAACCUUCCUAGGGGCGCGCGAUGGGCAUGUGCAAAGGUGCCAUUCAAAGGUGCCAAUAAACUCGAUAAUACUGAGAUUCCAUAUUCACCUAUUUUGUUAACGGCCGAGGAGAGGAAUGCCUCUUAUAUGGCGGGCAUCGACAGAGAUUUAUCUUCAAAUAUUCAAUACAUUCACCGUGAUCAGUGGGUGAGCAACUGUCAACCAUUGUCGGCCAAAAAGCAUGGACGAGGGUUGAAGACAAUGCGACUCUCAAAGAAGGCCCGUUCUGCAAACAAUCUGGAUAUUUCUGAAGAAGAUGAAGAUAUUCCGCCAGCAAAAAGAAGAGCGCAUGUUGUGCCGGAAAGACCACAU